CGUCCGUUGGGGAAAUGGUUUGGUUCGUCGCGCUACAGAACCAGCCUCCUCUACCAAGUUGUCACGGUUACCGAGAGGUGGUACUGGCGUCUGACAGUGUGACGGGACAGGGGACAGCUGAGGCCCUGGUGGUCAUUAUUCAUCAGCUGCUAUGGAAACAUGUUACCUUACUGUAUCACCCAAAAUAUGCUACAGUGGUAUGCUAAGGACGCUGGUGGAAGCAGUUCGAUCACCGCCUUCUCACCGUGGAUCCUAUUGGGGGAAGAUGUUCUACUAACCACAACGGCCGAGAAGCUGGGAAACUUAAACAAUGUCGCCAUACUUCAGGGCGUUCCCUGUAAAAGUGUCCCCUAUUCUUCAAUGUCUGUGGAGUUGAUGCCAUACAGAAUUCUAAAUGACACAGUUGAGGUUGCCAAAACCAAACAGUUAAAUUCGUCAUGCUCUGUUUUGCCCAGCGCUAAGCAAUAUGUUAGUAAACUCUUCCUGGCCGCACAGGAAACGCUGUCAUGUGGUGAGUGUCUCGUUGAACCGACAUUCAAAAUAUAUACGGCAUUCUGGAAGAGCUUCGGUCGACGUUUUGAGUGUGUAGUGGACACAUGGCCACCGUAUGUAUACAAAAGUGUGGUAAACGGAAAACCUGUGUACUAUGGUUUCUGUAUCGAUCUUAUCAAAGAGCUGUCUCACAAUUUGAAUUUCAGUUAUACGUUAAUAGAGCCUGAGGAUCAAGAAUGGGGUAGAAUCUUGAAUGGCAAAUGGACAGGCCUCGUGGGUCAAAUGCAUAGACGGGAAGCUGAUUUAACAGUGGCAGCUCUGUCCGUUCAACCGGAAAGAGAAGAGGUUAUGGAUUUUAUAUCACCCUAUUAUACGGAAUACACUGUGAUAAUUCUAAAGAAGCCUGCCGAAAACAGCACAAAAUGGCGGACCUUGAUAGACCCCUUUCACUGGCUCGUUCUACUGGGAAUAGCUGUGUCACUGCCCUUUGUCACCUUCUUUCUUACGUUUUGUGAGAAGUUGUCUCCAUGUUAUGCACACAUAAAAAAUAGGGGUAAAUACCCAGGAUUACAUAACUUCACUGACUGUUUCUGGUACUUAUUAGGAGCGUUAUUGACACAAGGCGGUGUUUAUUUGCCCAAGAGCCAGUCAAGUCGGACUAUCACAAGCUUCUGGUGGUUGUUCUCCAUUAUUGUGGUAGCAACGUACAGCGGCAAUCUCAUAGCUUCUCUUACCGUCACGCGAAGCUUGAUUCCGUUCAAUAGCGUCAAGGAGAUGGUUCAACAGUCUACGUACAAAUGGGGCACGACGAAUGGGACAUACCUUAAUAUGCUAUUACAGAUAUCGAAAGACCCAAUCUACAGGCAGAUCUGGGCCGGUAUAAAGCGGUUUGAAGUGGAGGACCCGGAUGUACUGCACCCCAACCACAGCGUACAGGUGGCGCGGGUAAAGACCGGGCAAUACGCCUACCUGAACGACGCUUCCUCCAUGAACUCGGAGAUAUUGACGGACUGUAGUCUGGCUCUGGUUGAUGAAGAGUUCCUUCCCCUUCAUUUUGCUGUCGGACUUAGACAAGAUUCGCCAUACAGAUCAAUAUUUGAUGAGCAGAUGGUGGCUAUCAGCGAGAGCGGGCUACUGAGUAUCUGGAAACGCAAAUGGUGGUUGAGGAACAGUACAUGUUUUGGACUUUUGAUCCGCCAAGCCAAGCCGAUCACCCUGUUAGAUGUCCAGAGUGCCUAUUACCUACUCCUAAUUGGAAUAACGGUAGCUGGCUUAAUGUCUCUUAUGGAGAAAGCCCAAAAGUUCCUUGGUAAUAGAGAGAUAUGAUAUGAAAUAUAUAGUUCUCCAGUAAAAGCGACCAUACUUCACGACAUCCACGUAGCAUAUUUGGCGUUUAGAAGGUGGAACUGUCAAUUUCAGAACCUAACUGGGUCAAGAAUCAUGUUAAGAGAAUGUGUUAUAGUAUGUAACUGCCAUACGCGUUUGACCAAAACACCGUUUACUGGCACCGUACCUUCUCACGUUCCACUUCCAAUGUACACCAUUAUUGUUGAGUGGAUAGCACCAAACUUAUUCUAGAGCAAUGUUUCAAACGAAGUUAUCUUCAGUUUAAGUUUCCAUAUUGCUACCAUUAAUGAUCACUUGUGUCCACAAUCUAUAUGGGGUGUUAGAGUGAAUGUUCACAUAGCAAGACGUUCUGAGCAAGAUCGGUAUCUUUCCAAGCCCAACAAAACCAGUUUCUUAAAACUUAUGAUUGAGAAGAACGACCGAAUAGUGAUAAACCAGCAGUUUUGCGCCAUUCUUCGGGGAGUUAAUAAUAUUAUUCAGGGCGUGUUCUUUGAGUCUUUUAUAUAACUUCCACAGGUUAUGCCUGUGUUUGGUUUUGCGUAUAUUACAUUGGUUUGUCAGAUCUUGUUUGUUAAUGGUUUUAAUGUUCACAUCAACACGUAAUUUGUCAACGUAGGCAUCCUUUGCUGCACCACCACUUAGCUCAUUGUUGUUCAUCGUUUGCGCUCUCGUUAUUAUGUUUUGUGUUUAGGCCUAUAUCAGGUCACUUUUAUACUGCGUUCCGUCUGACGAUGUUCAGUGUCAACAUUUCGAGGAAUCCA